UCACAGAAGAAAUAAUAGACCCAUAUUCAAAUAAUUUAGUUUUUAGUAUUUUUGGAAACAACGACUAGAGAAGAAACCGAUACGCAUGAUUAGAGAAGUCUCGAAAGCUCCUCGUGAGAGCCUUGCUCCCAUGCCUGUCCUAGAGUAACACAUUUACUAAAAAGACAAAAUGUCUUGGUUGGGAUGUCUACCCUGGUCAGAGGGAAUAAAGAAAAGGGCUUGCAGAUACCUCCUACAAAGAUAUCUGGGCCAAUUCCUUGAGGAAAAACUGACGCUCGAUCAACUGACUGUAGAUCUUUACAAUGGCACAGGUCGAGUUACAGAUGUCAGACUUGAUGUCCAGGCCCUGAAUGAAAUGGGCGAGCAACAACACUUGCCUGUAGAGUUCAUUGAUGGGUUUGUAGAAGAGAUGUCUGUCAGUAUACCCUGGUCCGCACUGUUAAGCGAUGCUAGUUAUGUCGAAGUCACAGGACUUCGUCUCACGGUCCAGCCGCGGCAAAGAAUCGACACCGGUGCUUCCAUGUUUGAAUCGAUGUGGAGUUCGAUGACAUCGAGCAUGCAGCUUGCCCAAGAAUGUUUACAGCAUGAUGCUACGGGCACAGAAACUGCUCAGCCACUCGAAGGACUGGAAUUGUUCGCUCAGGCAAUAGACUCAAUCUUAUGCAGGGUUAAGGUUAGAUUUAUAGAUACUGUGAUACGCCUGGAACAUGUGCCUGUGGAUUCAACAACUGGCGUUGCAAUACAAAUGAGUAUAAAGAAUUUGGAGUAUUCGGAUGAAGCAGGUUCUGACCCCGGAAGCUCUACUUUGGAUCCAAAUCUUACAAAUAAAGGCUAUGUGGUAUCAGCAUUUGCAACCAAGAAAUUUUACCUCGAGGGAGUCACCUUCCACACAGAUGAGUUUCCUUCCCGUGCUCGAACAUUCUCUAGGAGUGUAAUGACCGCUAGUAGGGGUUCCACUCCGGAUUCAAAGAAUUCGGAUAGUCAAUUUUCUUCCGCACAAAUAUCUCCCACACAAAACAUGCAAACUCCACCCGAAAGGAAUAUGAUAAACAACUUGAGCGAGUCAGAUCCAAUAAUGUUUGGAAAAUUAGCUGGGCGACAGGAGGUGCGGCUUAAAAUCAAACAAGGGGAUGGAGUUCUAGGCCCAAAGGUGGAAAUCGAGGUGACCCUGGGAUCAUUCACAUCAUUCAUCAGCCCCCGACAACUGCAUGUUUUAAUAGAGCUAGCUCAUGGGCUUGCUUCUCCGGAUUUGGAAGAUACAAGCAACGUAGCUCCAAGAUCCUGUAUGGAGAAGCCAAUGGGGGGCAGUGACUUUAAUCGUAUAGAACGUGAGCUUUUGCAGCAGAUUCACCCGGUGCAAGGACUCCGCUCAACAGAUUUACGUCACACACAAGGAUGGUCAACAGCAUCUCUGGAUGAGUCGGACAAUGAAGAUGAAUUUCUACCGAUGCGAUUACCUGGCAUAAUGUCCACUAGUGAUUCUAUAACAAGCAACAACACCAGUAUGGAAGGAAGUAUCUCAGCAAGCAGUAUAAGUUCCAAGAGUUCCGCGUCUAACGUACACAAACCCCAGAAACAUAGACAGAGCAUAGACGUGGAUCCGACUGCAGAAAUAUUUCAAUUCCAUACAAGACUUUCGUCAAUUGCCAUCAUUCUAUUGCACGAGGAUAUACUCACAUCUUCUAUCGAGGGAUCGGGAUUAACAAAAGCAAGCGUUAGCCAAAUGAAAAGUGCAGCAGACGAAUUUUUCGCCAAACUAGGUAUAUUUGCAGUAACUGGAUAUGGAAAUAAAGAUUUUGAAAAGGCCUCGAAAUUAUUUGUGGAGGCUUGUCAACUCAGCCAUAUCAGACUGUUAGCUGCACCGCUGGUUCUCGAGGGUAAUGAAAAAACCACCGCGCAAGCUUCAACGAUAUCUGGUAACCUUAGUCUAGCCAGUCUUGAAAUACUGGAAUGUCUGAUCGAUUCCAAUGGUCCGAAUUCAAAGAAAAUUCAGAGUGUAGAGUACAUAGAAUUGUUAGGAUUUCCAAAAGACACUCUGCCGAAUAACUACAGCUUUGCGAAUAAGACUGAUUUCCGAGCACGAUUUAAAUACAGUGAGAAGGCUGUCAGACAUGCUCAGCUAACAAAGUUCGCACACCCACGCACAGAUAUCGACAUUCAAUUGGAAGAAUGUAGAAGUGAAAUGGAUAUUACUAUAGUGGACAGGAUAUCAGCUAUCUUGAAUCCGCAUCCUAUAUGCAACUGCAACCCUGUUACAACCUCAAGAGAUGCUGUUAACCAACAAACGUUAUUUCAUCAAGCCGUGGAAAGUUCAUUGCUACCAGAUUCAAAAACUGAUGUGAAAAUCUCUUCACCAAAUUGUACGAUAAAAUUGAGAUUUCCCAUACCAGACUUACGACCCUUGCACGACAUGAGUAGAACGCCCUGGUGGAAGAGGUCGGUACGACAAGACUACGUAACCCUGAGACUGAGCGAUGCGCAAAUUCAUUCUUCUAUGGAGAGUCGGAACCAUUGUCAAGCUCGGCAUGAAAUUCAAUGCCGUCAGGUAUUACUGUCUUAUACAGAAGCGGAUUCUGACACUCCUGUUGAAAUCGGCAAAGCCUCUACAGAUGAAAAAGCCAACAGUUCGUUGUCUCAAGGUGGAGAAGGCUUUGGUUGGCCCAGAAUGGUUAUUAGUGUGUAUCCAAAGCAUUUGGGAGGGCCUUUGGAGGAUAGCUCAGAAGGGGAGCAGGAGCCUUGCUUGGCCGAAACUUUGGAAAACACAAUGAAACAUCAGCCUUCACCCUUCAGUUCGAAACGGGUUGUUCACGAGUCAGAUACGCCUCAUUCCAAACCUCAGACACAGAAUGACAGAAACAACUAUCCCGAUCACAGAGAGGGUGAGGAGCUAGUGAUACCUGGAAGUCGACAGGAGAUGCUAGAUUUUAUAGAGGAAGGAAUACGUGGAUCUAGGAUACAGCUGGAAAUUGGUUUGCCCAGUGUUUCGAUCCAGAUACCUUCCAAGCAUUUAUACGAAUUGCUUUACAAUCGGUUUAACUCGGACCUAUUUCUUUGGGAGCCGUCCGCGCCAAAGCCCAAGACUAUGACUCACAUCGAAUCCCAUAUCGGAUUGGACUUGGCUUCAACUUUGUUACAGGAAUCGAUAUAUCCCAGAUUCAGCAUGUGUAAAAGUGGAAUCCAGUAUGAUUCGGAUUCUGAUUCUGACGAAGAGGGUAUAUAUCGAUCCGUGGCGGACAGGAGUUUUAAACAGCGUGAGACAAAGAUCUCCGAAACAGGACAAAGCACGGUAGCUUUGACUCUGAAUAUAAAUCAAGGACUACUGAGCAUGUACACACCUGUGAGAGAUUCCUCCCAUAACGUUAUCCCAGGGCAGCAGGGGGAGUUGAUCCUACGGCUGGAAGAUGCUCUGAUAUUCUCAGUCAGUGCCUACAAAGGAAAUAAUGAUUUAGGAUAUGUCUGCGCGAUGCUCAGGAACGUUUCGCUAAAUCAUUGCGGUUUGAUAACUGCGCCUUCGCAGGCGCCCCCGCUUCGCGGUAUGAACAGUACGACACCGAGAUACUGCCAGCAAACUAUAUACCGCAGCGAAAAGGGGGCUAACGUAACAAAUAAUUCCAUUGAAAAAGACAUGCUCAGCGUCGCCGUGCGGAUACAGUCCGCGCAUCAGACCCAUAGGAUAAAGACUUUCAGAGUGGCGGUGGGGAUACGGAAUGCAACGCUGAGACAUAGAAUGAGUUCUUCGCAAGCAUCUUGGUUCACGCAGCUAACUGAUUGUCUGGAUGUAGUGGAUCAUCCGCUAGCUGGAUAUUCACCACCCGGAGUACUGACCGAACUACACUUACAUCUCUGGGAUUGCUCGGUAGAUUACAGGCCGAUCAAUCUAGAACUACGCUCCAUGGUUACUCUAGGAAAUUUCAGCGUGUCGAGUAACAUCGCCGCACAGACGAAUACCUCCACACUGCGCUUCAUUGCCGAGGAUGUGGCCCUAUUCAUAUCGGAGAAAAUCGGUAGCGACGUGGAUUUGAGAAAAGACUACGUGUGCGUUAUGGAUCUCGGGCUCUUCGAAUUGUCGCUGAGGUUGAACGAAAAAAUGUGCGGGGGAGCACCGCGAAUCGACUUAAGGGCUAGCAAUAACGUUUUGCACGUUCGCACUUGCUCCGACUCAGGCCGAGCCCUGAUGCAGCUACUGACUUACUUCGCAAGCGACGGAGAUCUCGUGUCGUGCAGCAAAAGUACCGAUAGCGUCGUGAUUCCGUCCUCGGUUGACGAGGAAAGCUUAUUGGGAGACGAAAAUAUCAACGUGUUGAGCAAGAGUCAAGAAGAACGUGUCAACAGUUUGAUGGUCGACGCCAUGGAGGAUACGGUCAAAGGAACUAUGACAAGCAAUGACGGAAAAUCUCCAAACGACAGCACUCAAGCCCAGGUAUUUUUUUUCCCCGACGAAUCACAUCCGGUUAAUCAGAGUCCGGCGGGUGUGGGAAUUGAAAAAAAUCCUGGGGUGCGAAACACAGAGGCGGAUAGUGGAAAUCCCGAUUAUCCAGAUGACGACUUUUGCAUUCUAGGAGAAGAGGCAGGGGCCGGUAUAAUGCCUAGACACGGGGUGCCGGAAAUUCGUUGGCUUUCAGAGGAUCCGAUUCGCGUUGUCGACAAUCAUUUCUCCGUACCACUCGGAAAAACGGAUCUCUUAAAAGCUCCGAAAAAUUUUCCCGCCGCCAUACUGCGGUACACCCUAUGCGAGAUGACGCUCGUUUGGCACAUGUACGGAGGUAAAGACUUUGGCGGUUCAAGUUUGUCGUCGAAAAAAAACGUCAGAAUAGACGAGGGCUCGCAUAGGAUCGGGAGUUCGGUCCAAGGGAGGAGUCGUUCCGCGGUCGGGGGCGUCGGAGGUGUCGGAUUCAGCAAAGCUACGCCGAACGAAGUACGUUUCGGAAGUGUGCCAAACUCUCCCCGUGUGAAGACGCGGGAAUUGUCGUCCGACUGGCAGUCCAUCGGAGGUCCCGGAAGACAGCGCGACAUUCUGAUGGAGCUUCAAUUGAACAAAGUCAGAUUUCAGCACGAAGUUUAUCCCGACAACACAUCCGAGGCGUCGAGACAAGUAUUGCUGGUCAACGAAAUCGAGAUAAGAGACAGACUGGAAUCUUCCCACAUCAACAAGUUCCUCUACCAGUACAGCAGCGAGGCCCGACCGCGUCAGUCCCACGCGAACAUGUUCGCGAUGAAAGCCGUCCACGUGCGACCCGACCCGAAGUUGGUGGCCCAAGAGUGCUGCUUGAAAUUGAGCCUGCUGCCGUUGAGACUGAACGUCGAUCAGGACAGCCUCUUGUUCCUGAUCGACUUCUUCACCGAGCUAAGCGGCAGCUCGAAGGAACCGUUGCAGGGUGGUACUGGGAUCAGUGCUCCGAGCAGCACCCAGUCUUCCCCAGGAUCGAAGCACAGCACACCCACGCAUCACCCUCCGGUAAUGAGCGUAAACGAGUCAUCCCUCUCGUCCUCCUCGUCGACCAACGACCCCCCAUCGGCGAGUGGGACGGGCUGCCAGGUAGGCGGCAGCUACGAUCAAAAUUUGCUGAUACUCCUCGAAGACGAGUUGAAGAUACAAGAGAGCAAAUCGGAGGUGAAAACCGGCGGUGACGCGCACGAGGACACGCAGCCGAUCUACUUCAGAAGCGUUAUCUUCGCCCCGGAAGUACUCGUGAGGCUCGAUUACCAAGGGAAACGAGUCGACCUGACGCACGGCCCGCUAGCCGGCCUACUGAUGGGCCUUGCCCAAUUGAACUGUUCCGAAUUAAGGCUGAAAAGAUUGUCACAUCGCCACGGUCUGUUGGGAUUCGACAAAUUGGUCGCUUUCAUGCUCACCGAGUGGCUGCAGGACAUAAAAAAAAAUCAGCUACCCAGUUUGCUGGGCGGAGUGGGGCCUAUGCACUCGCUGGUACAACUAUUUCAGGGUAUACGUGAUCUGUUUUGGCUGCCGAUCGAACAGUACCAGAAGGAUGGCAGAAUCGUCCGAGGACUGCAGCGAGGUGCCAAUAGUUUCACAACUUCUACCGCAAUGGCGGCUUUGGAACUCGCCUCGCGACUGGUCAACGCCAUACAGAGCACCGCCGAGACGGCCUACGACAUGGUCAGUCCCGGGCCAGGAGUAAGGCAAAAAAGUAAAGGGCAAAAAGGGCGAAGAAGACGAUUCAACCAGCCGCUCGACAUAAGGGAGGGAAUGGCCAACGCCUACACGCUGGUGAAGGAGGGUUUGGGAGAGACGGCGAAUCAAUUGGUGCGGGUAGCCAGCGAGGAGCACGAGCAGAAGGGAGUCUCCGGAGCGGUGGGCGGAGUUCUGAGGCAAAUACCACCGACGGUAGUGAAACCGAUAAUUCUCGCUACGGAGGCUACCAGCAACGUUUUGGGUGGUAUGCGCUCCCAGUUGGUACCGGACGCGAGGAGGGAAGCAGCUCAAAAGUGGCGACAAGAUCCACGCGACGUGAACUAAAGUAAAAUGAAAGCACCUUCGAAGAACUCGGAGGAGUUAUGUAUAGCUAUCGGUACGAGGGUCGCGCUGUCGAAAUCUGUCGAAUUACAUUUUACGUCAUUUUUCACAGAGCGAUUCUCACGCGGAGCGGCGAAGAAAAACGGGGAAAAAUAAAAGAAAAAUAUCGUACGGUGAUAUAUUGUAUAAGUAUAGUAUAGGCAGAUUCGAUCGAGCCGGGGUCGCCUUCGGGCGAUUCAAUUUUUUGCGACUUCAUUUACGAUUCGUUUUCGCAUAUCGUAUGUUAUACUAUACACGAACUAAUUACGAAUAAUGAAUUAUAUAAAUUAGAUAUGAAUAAAUAAAAAGUAUAUAUAUAUGAACGAA